AUGUCUAUAUUUAACCUUUUACACCCCUUCUUCACCCUCACCUUUGUCCCGAUGCUGCAGCGCUCGAUGAACCCUCUUUACCGCUCGCAGCGCCCUUCCACCCGAACGCUCUUCCCCCGUCGCAUACACACCCCGCCCAGCCUGCAGCAGUGGAUCGACCACAUCACCGCUCGCAGCCCACAGCGCUCUCACGACAUCCUCGACCCCGACCGCGCAAGCCAGCUCCAACGCGCUCUCCCCACCAGGCAAGGAGGCGGCUACAUCGAUGACCUGCCAGGAGGAGCGGUGCUGCCCCCGGCUCAUCAUCUCGUGUACUUUAGGCCGAGGCCUAUGCUGCGUGACUUGGGCGAGGAUGGGUCUGCUACUGAGUUGAACCCCCCAGCGCCAUUCCUACGCCGGAUGUGGGCGGGGGGUGAGUUUCAGUGGCCCUCUCUCUUUCCCCCAGCGACUCUGUCAUCUUCCCCUCCUUCCUUUUCCCCGCCGUCGUCGUUCUCCUCUAGCUCCAGCCCGGCGAAUGUACUCAAAGUAGGCGAGCUCGUGACACAAGUCCUGACUAUCCCAAAAGUAGAGUAUAAGAAGGGAAAAGUGUUUGUGCAUCAAGAGCGGGUUUUGUACCCAGGCAGCGUUCGUUCUGACGAGCUGACUCUGGGAGGGGACGGGUGGGCGGUCAAAGAGACAAGGAUACAUGUGUUUCAAACGGCCGAAGAGAGACCUACAGACAAACCAUCUUCACCUUCUCUCACAUCUUCUCCCCCAGCCCCGCCCUCAAUUUCGACCCCUGAUCCAAUCUACACCCACACCUACACCCCCACAACCCCGCUCCUAUUCCUCUUCUCAGCCCUCACCCACAACCCGCACAAAAUCCACUACGACCACCCUUUCUCCGUCUCCCACCAACAUCAAAAAGGGACACUCGUACAUGGGCCGUUGAGCGCGCUCAUCUUGGUGGAGAUUGCGGAUUCUGUCGCUCGGCAGGGAACGGAAGGAGGGGACAAGGCUAAGAGGAUGGUGGGGUUCGAGUAUAGGGCGACGGGGGCUAUGGUUGUGGAUCGUGAGGUCGUCACUUCUGCGUGGUGGGAAGGGGAGGUGCUGGCGUUGGAGUCGAGGCAGGGAGGAAAGGUUGGUAUGAAAGCUCGAGCGAGGUUUGUUUGAUCAUCCUUUUUUUCAUUCGAUAGAGCGGAUAUGACAUUAGUCGUGAUAUCUCUAGAGCGAGGCCUGGUGUGCCAUGCUUCGUCUGAAGCGCAUGUAAUGUAAGCACACUGCCAAUCUACCGGUGAUGGUCGUUUUUGGUAUCUGGACAUGGACAAGCCAUUUCUUCCUCGCCUUAUCUACAAAUUGCCCCAAUCUUAUCUCAGUCUUAUCAGCCCGUACGAUCACGGUCACCAAUCACACCCUGAGUCAAACGCUCCCUGCUCUGGGAUCCCUGGGCGGAGUCUCCGCCAUAAGAUAA